AUGGGAUCGGUUGGUUCUUUAGUUGAUGAUUUUGUCCGACAAAAUUCUUCAAGGAAAAUUGUUUUAAUUACGAGUGGUGGUACUAGAGUGCCAUUGGAAAAGAAGAUGGUUCGAUUUAUCGAUAAUUUUUCUAUGGGCACACGAGGUGCUGCCAGUGCUGAGUGUUUCCUGAUGAAAGGCUAUGCUGUGAUAUUUUUUCACCGAGAUAAUUCUCUGAAACCUUUCAGACGAAAGUUCUGUAAUUUAUUUGAUCAUUUAGUUGUGAGUAACUCAGGAAAAAUCGAAGUUCAAAAUAUGCCAGGUUUAGUAGAAGCUUUGACCUUGAACAGCGAAUUUUCUGAUCGGCUUCUAAUGAUAUCAUUUGUCGACGUAUCCGCGUAUUUGACAACCCUUGAAAUGAUUUGCCUGCAUCUUCGGUGUUUAAAUUCUUCUCUUUUGAUUUAUCUUGCUGCUGCUGUUUCGGAUUUCUAUAUAUCCGAGGAGAAUUUGCCAGAACACAAAAUUCAUUCAAAUCAGGGAGGUUUGCGAUUGUCGCUCAAUAUUGUUCCCAAAAUUUUGCAAAAACUGGUCAGAGAUAUUGUGCCAGAAGCAUUCGUCGUUUCAUUUAAGUUGGAAACUGAUGAAGCGAUAUUGGUUAGUAAGGCACGUCAGGCCCUCCAGAAUUAUGGACAUCAGCUAGUAAUUGGAAAUAUACUGGACACACGGAAAGAGCGAGUUAUAUUUGUCAGUAAUGAAGAUAAAGAGGAGACGAUAUCCUUGAGCGAUGAACAAAAAGCUGCAGGGGUUGAAAUCGAACAAUCGAUUAUUGAAAAGCUAUGUGAGAUGCAUGACAAAUUAUUACUUAACACCAAAUAA